AUGUCUCGCGUUCCCAUUAGCCAAAGUUAUGCUUCUGGGAAUUGCCAUGAUCAGUUUUACUUCUACGAAGACCUGGCUCCCUCUCGCAAGUCCUAUAGUGAAUACUACACUGGCGGACAAGAGGUCGAGCCAGUUUUCUACGAAGAUAAGACGCCUCGCAAUCUGUCCUCUAGCCACUAUAAUGCUACUGGACAAGGCAAUGAUCAGUCGAGCUUCUACCAAGACUUGAAACCCUCUUACUCGUCCUACAGCGAAUACAGCGUUUAUGGACAAGAGGUCGAGUCUGUUUCUUGUGAAGCUACGACUUCCUACACUUCGUCCUAUAGCGACUAUUAUGCUACUGGACAAGGGGAUGAUCAGCCACGCUUCUGCGAAGACUCGGGUCCCUCCUACUCGUCCUACAGCGAAUACAAUGCUUAUGGACAAGAGGUUGAACCAGUCUUCCACGAAGUGGCGGCACGAAAAAUGACCCCAUACUUUGAAGAUGACGGUGUCGGGCUUGGUAUAAUGGUGCCAGACUACUCAGAGUACUACGAUACCACCCCGACCUCAGACAAACAGUCAGAAGUCAUGCCUCCAGCACUCUCUCUGGCUAAUCCACAUAAUAACUCUGGCAUCAAAAACAUCUGGUAUGGCAAGGAGUCUCACCUCGGUGGCUUUUACUACUGUCCCGAGAGUGAGGGACCAGAAGGUGCAGCGACAAUAUACUACUCAUUGGACAACUCGAGCACAAGCACAAGCACUCUCUGCCCUCCUGACCUAGACCUUCGCUACUUGGAUGAGGAGGACUCUAUAUCUUCUCUGUUCAAUUUAGACGAAGGCCGGGAGGAGCAGCUCAUAGACUCGUAUGCGGCUGGCGAGGUCGAGGAGUGCAAAUUUCUACCACAAGACUCCUUCUUCAGCAAUGUUACUGAAAGUGUACUGCCUCCCUCGCCAGAACCAGCAUACCAUGAGCCCAAGGCAUUCUCGCCCAGUAGAUUCAGAGAUGAAUACUUGUCUCUCUAUUAUGGCGAUAUGGCGUCUGUCACCUCUGGCACUGUUACUCUACAGCAUGCUGCCGAGGUUGCCCAGGUCGCUGAGAUCGCUCACAUUAAUGAUGAUGAUGAGCUGACUCAUCGCGAUUCUGGUGGUUCUUUUACUCGCAAGUGUCUUGAGAAACUCACAAGCCCCCAAACAUACAGCAAGUUGUUUAAACGCGCUGAACAAAAGUUGGUGUCACGAUCAAAGAAGAGAUUGCAGAGAGUUGGCAAUCGUCGACGAUGA